AUGUCGUUAGAUAUCACAGCUUGUCCGCUUUCUGUCAUUUGUUGUUUCGAAAGUUCUAGAAUCAACUGCUCCCCUGACCCUUUUCUGAAGAUCGAUCGGUGACGCAUUGAGGUCUCAACUUAUCAAACGCUCGCACAUACACCCCAUACGCAAACGCUUAUCACUGAAUAUCAGCGCUGUGUCUGCUCAUUGGGCUCUAUCGCCUUUACUCGACGUCUACCAACUUCCCUCAUUGUUAACUGUGUCCGUUUCAGAUGAUUAUAGAAUGAUUGCGCACUGAAAACAAUUUUUUCAGGAUGUACACGGCAGAUGAGAAGCCACCACUGCCGUCGAGUCCACCACCGGAACCAGAGUCCCGGCCUCAAAGUGCAGAGCAGAUUCGGACUGUCACGUUUUCAUUGAACACGUAGGUCCAUGAGUCGGAUCCCUUUCUAUCCUCCUCCUCUUCCUCUCUGCUCGUCUACCCAUUCUCCUCCUCGGCAAAUGCCGUUCAUUUCACACGCCACAGCUGUCUUAGUGCAAUCCGGUCGUUCUCUGACAGUCUCUUGCCGGCAACUGUCAUGCGAGAACUAGGAAAAACGGUUGGCCCGGCCGGGUCGGGUGGCUCUGGCGCGGCCUUCAGGUGCACAACCGAUUGCAAACACAUGCUAAUCGGCAAACAAAUAGGAAUGCGAGUAAGGGGGCCGGGUAGGCUUGCCCUUCUCUCAACACUACCACUAUUAUUACUACUACAUUAACGUGCUUCUAACUUUUGUUUUGCGGGUCUUCGAAAAUCUGGUUUAGUUGACAUGCGCUCAUCUUCAUGCUUCCACGUAAUAAUGCCUACGUCACAAAACUCUCUCCUCGUACAUAGUCUCCCACCACUCUCAUUAAGGGGACGACAACACUCCCGCGUCUUCUAGUUUCUUUUAUUCUAGCAAUCAAUUAGAAGUGUUCGGCAUUUUCGAAGGAGGUAAAAAACAAUUGUAGAGAACAUAGUUCAUAGAAACUCUUACAGUAUCAAGAAUGUAGGAUGUAUACAGAAGCCUUAUGUUCUCUCAGACGGAGUUAUUCCACAAAUUACCAUGCAUAUUAUAAGGGCACCGGACAGAAAGGGCACGCUGUUCGCAAUCUGGCCGAAUUUCUAGGCCGCGAAGUAAUUUUCCACUGAAAAUGUGGCCUAACUUUUCAAACUCGGCCUCGAGGUCGCUCAAUUUGCACUGCAAAAAGAGUUUCUCAACAGAGCGCCAUUUCUGUGCGGUGCCCCUAUAAUAACUCAAACUGUGCCCCUUUCUUAGUGAGAAAGGGCAGCUUGUUGGUAAUAAGGUCAUCCCCUUCCUCCUUCCACAGGCGACUGCGUAUGUGUUCAAUCUCCCGGCAUCUUCGUCUGACCUCCUGCGUCUCCAUACUUGCCCGUACUUCAGCAUGUCCAUCCAACCCGUUCUUCCUCUUCUUAUCUCUUUCCUUCUUCUGUGUAUACACUUUCCUCCUUUUUCUUACGAAAUCCUGGGACUAAUCAGUUUUAAACUUUUAUUUUUUCGCUUUGUCAUUCUCACUUUGCCAUCUUGUUCAAAUUAGAAAAGGUUGAGAAAAAGGGAACAGUAUGCCCGGUGCGGCGCGCAUAAAACCAGCAAACGUACAGAAAAGAAAGAGCGAGUGACUAGGGAGGACACUGAUGUCUGUCUUGGCGCACAUUUUCCUUGAUUGUUCUCUUUUUCCUCCGCAUCAUGAGAAGGACGCCAUCGUUUUUUGUUAGAAUUGAAUUUAAAAUUAUUAAACUUCUUGUCUCAGACAUAUGCAGCUUGCGUUGGAAAUUAUUAACAGAACAGCUUCCAAAGUUUGCUUUUUAUUCCUCUACUCAUGGUCUGCCAAAUAAGGAAAAGCAAACUUACUUCUCAAGAAAGCAUCUAACUAAGACGUUUGUUUUAAAAAAUUUCUUCGGAAGUUCACACUUUGAGAGGACUACUAAUAACUUUUAACUCUUUUCCCUCAGCAGCCCUGCCAGCUGCUCCUCGUUUUCGCCUCUCGCUCGUAAACCUUGCUUUUCCCUACUUCUUCGUAAUUCAGAACUUGGUUUCUAGUUUAGCUUCCGCCUCGGAGAGCGUUAUGACGGAUCAUGUCCUUCGUAAUGUUCUUUCUUUUAAUUUCACUGUUCAUUUUUGGCAUCGAUUUGGGCCCGACGUUCCGCAAAUCGACGUUUCAAAAAACGCGAUCCACAUAUACUUUGGCAGUGCAAUUUAUAAGUAGUUCACGUUUGUUGCGCACGGGCCGGCAAAGCCUACGGGGGAGAGAAAAUUGUGAAGCUGUAACCUCCCACAGAAACCUUACAUACACCUCUAACCUGGCUCAUUUUGAAGAACACACUACAAUUGAACUUUUAGUAGGGGUCUAUGUUCGAUUUUAGGAGAUAAAUUGAAAAAAAACCGCUAGUCGCAUGUACGAAAAGCCGGGCCGUGUUGCGAAGUGUCCCAGUUUCGAAAUGUCGGGUUUCGAAACGUCGUGAAGCCUCGAUUAGUUUAUAGUCCAAAAUUUUAAUUUGGAAAAAAUCUGCCGGUUUUGUACCUGUUUUGCUGUUUGUUAAACUUUUCUUGAAGAAAUUAAGAAAAUACUUGUGUUUCAGCGAUUCUCCAGCUAGCUACGGAAUCUACGAGGAUUUGGAAAGAAGAGGUGAGCUUUCAAAUGUUUUUGAAAUGUAAGGAUUACGGUUUGGAAAAAUCUCCGAGUCUGGCCGUGCUGUUGGAGUUUCCUCGGCCGCGGCCCAAGCUACCGCGUUUUCAAAAUUCGAAAUGUUCUCACUCGGCUUCAAUUCCAGUUUCCAAUUCAAUUUCUGCUGACAAAGAUAUUUUUCCCGUUACCUUACUGCAUAAUUUUAGAAAUACAUAACUUGGGAGAACGUCGAACCGAACAAACACACUUCAGUUAUUCAUCCGAAGAAUCGCCUCAAUAUCUCAGUAAAUUAAAAUUUCUUUCAUCUCCAAAUUUGUUACAAUCAUUUUUAAUGGGGCUAUUCAGCGUAUGUUUGUUUUCCGUUUUUUUCGUUUUUUUACAUCGCUGAAUUGGAUUUUUUGACGUAAAAAAACGAAAAAAAACGGAAAACAAUCAUUUUUUUCACAGCCUGAAUAGCCCCAUAAUUGUUUUUUUUUGUUUUUUUUCAACCUUUGUCUUAUCAGGUUCGCCAGGUAUCCCUCUCAUACCGGAUAAUCAAACUAAUUAUCUCGAAUCCAUUUUUCAAGGUAAUUUCCACCCGACGUGUCCUUUCAGUUAAUUUUCAACAUUUUUUGUAGAAUCUUCAAGCUCAUGGAAAGAUUCGAGACCGCAGACACAACCAAUGAUUGUUGAAGAGGUGAAACUCGCCCGACCGGUGACUCCUCGGAGCAUUGCCAACUCUCUCGAUUCACUUUCCGAAUGCGCUCAACAUCAUCGCAAUGACUUUGUGAAUGCGAAUUCGUCAAGUGAUCGCAGUCGAAGUCUAGGUGAUAGAAAUGAUUGCCGCUAUAAAGUAAAUGUAAUCUUUCAGGCGAUUUAUUGACGGCCACAAGCAACGAUUCAAAUCCGCGGAAUGGAAGCUAUGACACACUAGUCAGAAUUUUUUAUUACGAUGACUUUCGAAAUCAAUUCCCUUGUUUAGGUCUCAAAGGGUCAGCUAACAGACAGCGGAAUUGGUGCGGGCCUGAUGAGAGACGAGAAUCCUUCGCCUGACCGAAUUCCGACGGUUCGUUCCGUUUCUCUCAUUUUUACUGCAGAGAGAUAUAGAUAAUACGAUCAGAUAUUUAGGAUAUUGUUUCGUCGCCCGACUCAUUUUUGUACCCGGCCGUCUCGUUCGCUUCUUAUGAUCCUGUCGGGGGAGGGUUCUCAAAUGGUGAGUUUAAUUUUGCAAGAAUGAAUAAAACGGAAGAUGACUUAUCAACCAAAUACUUUUCCAAUAUGUUGGUAUUUGAUGGUUUAUGAGCUAGAUGAAGUGUUAGUUCGAAUGAAAGCUCGAGUGUGCAGUGCAUGUGGGGGGAUACAAGGGCACAUUCAGAGUGCAGCUGCAUUGCGUGUGUGCCCGCACCCCUAUUGUUGUGUACAUUGAUGAAAACCACCUAUUUGCAUGACAGUAGAACACAUUUUCUUCACCACUUUCUCAUUGCCAUCACUCGAUAUUCCCAUCGUUCGCUUUUCCCAUUUUUCGGUCACAAAAAACUUGGCGCGAUUCUGGAUAACAGAUGAAAGCAGUGACUCAUAGUAGCAUCCACUGUUCCCAUUUCUCGCGUGUCGACCAUUUCAAUGACCUAAACCUUUUUUUUCUACUGAUAAAAGUGCACUAUAUACGGGAAUUUUACAGAAAACUUCAAUUUCCUCGAAACCAAUCGCACUCCCAGUGACGAUCGGAAGCAUCCCGAGCUGCCGGCAAUUUCAGAGGAAAUGGAGCACGAGCAGUCCACGCACAUUCCAUAUUAUCAACAGCACGCUUCGUCAGUGACUCCACAAGAUCGGGAAGUUAUUGAGCACACCUACCCGAUGGUCCACUGUAACAGUGCCCCAUCUAAUUCGUCGUUUGCCAAUUCUGCUCUCAAUAGCAAUUUUGCUCAUCGGCGAGUGGUCAGUGACGAUGUAACUGAAGUUAAUCGUCUGAAGCGUAGUGAGGAGAUCGAGAAUAUGGACAAGAUUGGACGAAUUUCGGUAAAUAUUUUAGUCCAUGGUUCCCUAUAUUCGAGAUUGCAGUUCGAAAAGAUAAAAAAAGGAAGAUGCAAGAGUGCUAUGCUGGUGUUCCAAGGAGACCCAGACAAACAUCCAAGUACAGACGAUGAAGAUGAUUAUGCUAGGGACUCAAAGGAUAAUGAAAUGUUGAUAAGCGACAAAGGAAUCAAUGCAGCUGGGUCGAAAACAGAACCGCCGUUGUAUUUCGGAAAACGUGAGGCGUCUUCCAAUAUUGUCUUAUAACACCUGGUGACUCCGUUAUUUGCUUGACCACCACAGCUAUAUUCAAUACGCACAUUCUUACGGCCCGCUUAGAUGUUGUGUUUUCCGAUCACCUGCAACAUUUUCCAUCUCGCUCCCCAGAUUGUAUGCUUUCUAUGAUUUCAUUUCCUAUAACGUACUCCCAGAAGUGUAAAACGGGAAUUUAAUGCAGUGUUGUAAAAAUAUUGUCUUCAGAUUCAACUAAAUCAUCGAUCUCCGAUAAACCUCCACCAGUCCUGCUCUCCCGGAAGGUGUCAGCUGCAUCAACUCGCCCAACUUCUUCCAAGUCAGCUUCAGAGCAGUCAUGGAAAGAUAAAAUGCCACCUUUUGCCAUGACUGGACAUACUGUAAGUAAAGAAAAAAUACGGGAGUUCGAGCGAAUAAAAAUCAGGUCCUGCAAACGACAAAAAGUAGAAUAUGAUCUAAUGCGGACGUGAGUAACAGCUGUUGUAAUGUGAUUAGUAUCUAUAGUUCAAAUGAAUUCACUGACCGAAAAAAGUUAAGCAAAUAAAUCUUGCAGAUGUUCUCCCCGCAGUCUCUUCCCACCCGAGAUGCAGUGCCUCGUUCCCCAUUCGACGGAGCCGGCACGAUCAGUGGAGCUGGAUCGCAGAGGUUUGUAGUUUUAGCUGUCUAUUAUUAACCUGCCGUGUCCUCUUUUGGAAUGCUUUUUUUUGUGUAUUGCUUUAAUUCUGUUUGGAAAGGGUUUAGGGCACCUCUCUGUCUCCUUUGUUAUGCCCAGUUUCGUCCGUUUUCAGACCGCACUCACUAAUCUCGAUCGGGACCGAAGUGACGUGUCCGGACGGCAAAGAAUCUUCUCCUUCCCAACCACUUUUCUGCAAUGGAUGCUUUUCGGAUAUCUCCAUGUCUUCACCAUCAGCGCUGUUAGCCGAACUUACUGAUGAUCUCAUGCCACUCUCUGAAAUCUGCAACCAACAACGUUUCUCGAUAUCAUCUUCGAUCCAAACGGAUCAAUCGUCUCCACCAAAAAGUCAGAACGGCUCCGCAAACAAUUCCUUCGUACGUCGUAGUUUGCGCAAAAUUAUGAAGCGUGGCAGCGUGUCUUCGUCGGCUAUCGGCGAGCAGUAUGAGGGAUUGCGUAACAGUUCUUUGAAAAGAAGAGCUUCGAACGCAUCGUCUUCGUUUUUUGCAUCCGCUCAAGCCCAUCUAAAACCCCGGACGAAGAGCUUGAAAAAGCAGAGGUUUGUAUUUCGUAUUUUUGAAUUCUUCUUCGCUUCGCGGGAGACAAAAAAAUUCGGCAGAGUUUCUGACUCGUUAAAAAUGUUGUACGCACAUUUUUUAGAACAGAAAGCACACCUCACUCAAAAAAUUUUGUUGCAUGAAAUCCUUUCUUUUCUAUUAAAACAUUUAUUUCCAAUCCCUUCACAUACAGAAUCAGUGCUGAUUGGAUGUGCACGUUUUCCUUGCUAAACGAUUCCUCUGAAGGGGAUGGAGCGUACCUUUCCUCUGUUUCGUCAGCAUCCUUUUUUCUUCGUGAGUAUAGCAUGUGUGGGUGUGGUGAACGCCUAAUCAAUUAUAACACUUCUUGGAGUCACUAAUCUUAAAAUCAGAGGCACCUGUGAAGCCAUGUCAGAUUUUUCAAGAAGCCUGUUUAAAUUAAAAAAUGUUUCAGACUAGGAAAACCCAACAAAAAAGAGAAGUCAGGAUCUGAUACAUUUACAUUUGGAGGCCUUUUCCGAAAAAAGGUAUAAUCGUUUGUAUGUACUUUCUUUAUGGACAUUCUACUUUCAGCCAUCAAGUCGCGCCAACCUUGAAGAAAUCAUAUCAGAUCUGAAUCAGAGAUCCACACCGAAUAAAACAAUGAUGGCUGGCAGCUCGGUCACAGCAACUGGAAAUGUAGGUGCUAGAAAGUUUAGGAAAAUAAUGAUAUAUUUGAAUGAAAAUAUUGUCCGCUGUUUGAUAAUUCUAGGUUUGUUCUGCCGAUUCAAGAAUUAGUUUUUUCUGUACGACGAAAAUUGUUUUCCUUCUGCCCGAAUUUUUUUCCAAAAGCCUCAUGAUUUCGGUGGUUGAGGAAUGUACAGCACAGUGCGAGACAGAGAAAAAUGAUUUAUCGGCAGAUCCUGUUAGCGUGCUACACUCUUUGUACUUUCUGAAGGCGUUUUUGUGUUUGUUCCUAUCAGAAUUUUCAAAAUUUCAGAGACGCAGCACAUCGGCUACAACUUUUCCGAUGAGCGACGCCACAACUGCCGAGUCCACAUCCCUAGACGGUUUGUUUUCAUUUAAAAGAAAACUGGGGGCUCCUAAUUCUGGCAUCAUGAUUGAAUGACGUAACGGAAACUGAUGAUGAAUCAAGUUGCAUUGUAUUCGACAUUUCCCUCCUCCCGAACUCCUCCCAUUCUUCGUAGCAAUAUUCCUUGACUGAAUGUAUUGCUGAUGCAUCUAGUUUUCUGUCAAACCGCUCUAAAUUUUUCGAAUGGGCUCUGAAGCCGCAUGUCGACGCAUUCAUCGGAAUUUCUCGAUGGAUGUGAGUUCUACAGGAUCUGGAAGUUUCUCCUAUCGCACGCAGACAUUCUAUCAAAACAUAUUCACUCCUCAUCUUAUUAUUUGCACCACAAGAGAUCGCAGAAAUAGUGAGUCACGUAACUCGUGGUGAAUCGGUCGGAAACAUGCUAUUUGGCAAAAGGGAAAGCGAGCAUUCAGUAAUUAAUGGUCACAUGGAUCUGACCAGUGAUCAGCACAAGUCGUUGGCUGUUUUCUUCGUAUGAUGUCUGAUAUCUUGAACUCUGCAUGCACUUUUUUGAACCGAAAUUUGAUUGUUGAAAGUCAACCAGUUCCCACCUAACACCUCAUGAGCAGUGCUUAGUUCCGUGAGCACCAAUAUCGCGCGUUUCGCACACCUUUAUCUAUUGACAGUAGUGGAAGGUGAACUCCUUCCGGAACUCCUAACUUGUAAUACUCUAUCUCGCACCUGGUUCUUUUCAAUGAAGAUCAAUCCUUCGUAAAUAAUUGAGUGCGGAAAAAUUGCACAAUGUAUCAUUCCUAAUAGAGGAAUGUUUUUGAUCGCUUAGGAAAUGCUAUUCUGUAAUGCAAAUUCACACUCAACUCGAAAACAAAAUAAUAACGUAUGUAAAGCGUAUUUGCAAUGGUGUGACUAUCUCUCCUGACAUUUUGACCUAUCAGUUGCCUCUCAGCUCAACUUAUAAGCGAACCGGAACUUUUUUCGCGGGAGUUUUCUGCAUUUCCCCUUACUCUUCUCUUUAUAAUGUUGUCCCUGAUUCUCCGUCCUUGUCUCAUUUCGUAGGAGUUUGUUUUUGUAUUUUCAGCCAUCUCACACGAGAAAGGCGGUGAUUAUGUGCUGAAACCCGAAAAGCCGACUUGUUUUCACUUAUUCUUUCUCUUGUACGAUUAAGAAGCAGAUGGGUCUGAAUGAAAAGUGGACGAAAAUAGUGGAGCGACGACGGCGACGGCAGAGUUCGGAUGCGCGUCGUCCUCGAAAUCGGAUGCAAAUGCGAUGCCUUCGUCGUCAUCACUGGUCGUUGUUGCCGCGCCAAAUGUUUCGAGUGCUUCCCCCGCUGAAUUGAGCCAAUCGAUUUUUGCAUUUCAUGGCAAAAGUCUGACAACUCGUCGAGUUUCAUUCCCUGUCAUCCCAACGAUUCCGUCGAGUCAUUCUCUAUCAACAAUGAAAAGUGAAGCGGAUUCGGACACGAUUUCAUUGUCACCCCGAAGUUUUGGAAAAACCUCCGAUUUUUCGGCGUGGUUCAGCCGGAAAAUCAACGGGAUCCUUGGAGAAAAGGGUUCUAAUGAGACGAGCAAUGUAGUUUCCAUUCUUUCUCGAACAUUAUCCAAAGCAACUGGUCGAAAGAAAAAAGACGCUCAGAACGGUGGAUGCUCCAGAAACUGCUCACUAACCACUGACAUAUCUGGAUCGAAUUAUGAAUUAAAACGGAAAAGCUGGUUUCAUUCGGAGUCCCAACUCCUGGACCUAUUCAUUCCUGAAACAUUCUAUCGAGCAGAAUGUCGCGCAAUAGUUGAUAAAUACGGGCUUAUUGUUGAUUUAGAUGAUGAUGGUAAUCGAAUUACAAAUUUUAUUGUUCAUGAAUUAAGAAUCACAGAAGUGGUUACCAGAAUUGUCGAAGGUGCUUUAGAAAUGGAAGAGAGUGCUGCUUCGCCAUCAUUUUGGCAUAAUUUCGAACAGUGCACUGGGGAGGGACGCAUAGAUUUCAUUGAUGCAGACGAAAGCAUGACUAGCAACCGGAUUCAGCAAUUUAAACAAAGUUUUCAGGUCUUCCUGACCAUAUUUCGCGUAUGGUCUCACCCGCUGAUAACAACAGUGCUUCUUCCAGUAAUGCUGGCUCUUCAACCCCGUUAUAUGUUCAGCUGUAAGUGCAGAACAUCUCUUUUCAGUUAUUUUAUUAAUUUUUUGUUUCAGCGACCGUCUCUGGGGGAAAUAUGAUCUUUUCGCACAAGAAGAAUACCAGUCGUGGCACGAGAAAUAUCGUCACAACACCCUCUCUACAAAACAGGUCAAGAAGCAAGAUGCGAUUUAUGGUAUGUACAUAUGGUUGAGAAUCAAGAAAAACUUACAUUUUUGAGAACUAUUUCUAAUGGAAAAGCGGCACUGUGCCAAUAUUGCCUUUCUUCUGCAAGGAUACAGACGACGAAUGCUAGAGGAGAACAUAAUAAGCAGACAAGACAUGGAUGUACUCAUACCCGACGUACUCGAACCCUUGUUGAUCUUUCAUCUGAACGUUCUGGAACGUAUAACUGCACGAAUGAAAGACAGUUAUGAGGUUGGAACCAUAUCAGACAUUAUCGCAGAAGAGCUGGCGAUUGAUGGAGGCCAACACACGAAGCUGUGUUGUGACGCUUACACCGACUUCGGAGUGGCAAAGGAGAGAUCGGAUGUGUUGUAUCAUCAUUUGAUGAACAAGAGUGUCAAGUUCGCAGAGUUUUUCAAGCGAACUUAUAAUGAGGAACCGUUCUACAAGCAAUACGAUUUCCGUCCGCUCAUCACGAAGAUAAUUGGAAGAGCCACGAAGUAUUCGUUGCUCCUGGAGACGAUUCUGAAAAAUGAGCAACCGUUCAGUGAACAUCAUGAUAUGACAAAGACGGCUUUGGAAACUGCUCGCAAGUUCGCUCACAAGAUUGAUGAGAAUCUUUCAAUGGCACACAUGUCCAUGAAGUGGGAAGAAAUAAAAAUGCAGAUCGAUUCUACCUCUUCCACGAAUCUCUACAUAUCAGAUCCGUCUGUCCCGCACAGUACUAUACGAUACACCUUUGACGUGAGUGAUUGCUCAAUAGGCGCUGUUUAUUUGCGUUUUUCAGCUUGAGUCACUGAACGCCGCCUCCAAUCGAAAGUUAGUUCAUCUUGGAGAAGCUUUCAUCAAGCUGCCAAAUAUGGCAACGAGCGGAGGAACGCAUUCGUCAUCGUCCGGAAAAUUGGAUAAAACUCCAAUUUUUCUCGUUUUAUUUGAUGAUAUAAUCGUGAUUCUGUGUCGUAAAGGAACCAGACUUCUCUUCAUGCAGGAUCAAGGUGCCAUACCAGUUCAGUCUCUGCUCACCCGAACAUCGGCUCGAGGACACUCGAUAAUGUUGAUCUCUGGUGCAAAACCAGUGCUUUUCGAGAUUUCAUUCCAAACCUCAACCGACCGGAAGAAAUGGGUGAUGCAUCUGGAAGCGGCUCCUAAAAACGUACCAUCAGAGGGUAUUCGAUUGUCAUCUGGAGACGCGGACGGAGUGAUCAGAGAUCGAGUUAUUGCUCAGCAAGAAAUGGAGGACAAAUGGAUGAAGGAGCUAGAAGAACUGUUCCGUAAGUUUUCGUUAUCAAUUUUUUUUAUUUCAAAACAUUCAGAUACCAGAUACGCUGAAGAGGAAGUUCUCAGCAAUUAUCUGGAAACACGUCUCCUGUUCUUCGAUGACGUUCGCGCCCAUAUGGCUAAACUACCAUUCAAGAACCGAAAUGACAUCUCGAAUCGAAUCAGAGAAGCUGUCAAAGGAAGGUUCCGAGAACUAAGGCGGGUUCGAGUGAUUCCAUUGAACAGACGUAUGGUUUCGCCUACAUAAUCAAGUUGAAAAUUCUGUUUCAGUUGUCGAACGAAUGAGCGAAUCACGUGAUGCUGAUCUCUGGUCGUAUUUUGACGAAAAAGCGGACUCUUCCGAUGUUUUGGAGAAGUCGAGUGAUCUAUCAGACGAUUCUUCGAAUUCGGGAGAUUCUGCGACCAAUGGAGGGCUAAGAGCCAAGCCAAGACGAAUCCAAACCUUCCAUGGAACUUCCCAACCCGGAUCGAAUGGCCUUAUCGAAGCUAGUAAGUUUAACGGAAUUCCAUGAUGAUCUCACUUUUUUUUUAGAAAAUACUGGCAUACGUCGUCACACCACAGUUCCGCGGAUGAACAGUGAUGGAGGGUCCACAUCCACCGAUCGUGUUGUAAUUGACGACGACGUUGACGAGGAAGAUGCACAGACCUUAAGAGGGCGCAACGAAUCGGAACACGAUAGAAAAGCUUACGGAGAGAUGGUAUCUGAUCUUUCUAUUAGACAGACCAUGAGAGCUAGACGUGCUUCCACUAAGCUUAUCAAAGAGGUUAUUGGGCUCCGACGAGAAAACCAUCUUCUUCGCAAUGAUAACGCUCUGUAUGAAAGUUUCAUUCUGUUUAUACUGAUGCCAUUUUGUUUCAGGACCAAGUCUCGAUGUGCUCUUUUGGAAAGAGUCCGUGGCGGAGCAAUGAUGAGCUCGACGGCUACGGCAGUCGAUGAGUCGAUGGAGAUGUUGCGGAAAAAGGAGAAAGAGAUCCGUGAAAUGCAGAGACAGAUGCUAGCUGAACGAGAAGAAUUGCUCGAGAAGCAGAAAAUUAUAGAAGCUCAGGAGCAAGAAAUCCAGUCCAAGUGGGCUGCUCUGCAAACGCGCUCCACCGAGCAAUCAGCUCCUCCGACUCCACAGCACACUCGAUCGUCUUCAUCCCAUUCGUCUCAAAUCUCGUCUCCUAUCUACAAAACGUAAGUUUUUGGAGAGAGAGACGCCAUUAAUCAGUUAGGUAUGAUCGAAGAAUUUACUAAUUUAUUUAGGCUCGAGACGGAUGCGGCUGUCAUGGUAGGUUUAAAGAAGUUUAUGUGUAGCUAAGUAUGAACAGUAAUGGUUUAAAGUAUUGUCAAUCUAACACGCGUUAUAACCAUGUCUUUUGUGUAAUAAGUACUUGCAAUUGACUGCUUUUUUUAACAAAACAAAAAUUAAGUGUUUUUUUUUAGUUGUCUGGUCUGGAAGAGGCGUGUCCGUCCAGCCUCUUCUUCCUCUCAUUUAUUCAAAUUUUAUAUUUUCAGCCCAUCAACUCCGUCACAGAACAGUGA